AUGCUACGUAAAACAAUAUUUCAAGCAACUAGGAUUUUUUUUGAAUUUGGUACAACUCGUUGUCCCCAAUUACGAUAUCAAGCUAAAAAGCUAUCUAUGGGUAGGAUUCCAUCAUUUGUCUUUGCUGCAGCUAUAUCAAGUCAAGUUGAUGAUGAAAGUGUGACUAAUUCAAAAAAAAUCGAUACAGUUAAAUCAACAUGUUGUGGAAUCCCAAAAGGUUUUAAUAGAAAAGUAUCUAAAAUUAAUAAUUAUGGAAAUUUUGGUGAUGAUGCUUGUUUCUCAAUACAAGUUGAGGAUAAUUCAGCUUUUGUUAGUGCUGUUUUUGAUGGUGUUGGUGGUUGGGUAAGACAUGGUAUAGAUCCAUCUGAAUUUUCUUCAACUCUUAUGAGGUUUUGCUAUGAAUUGGCAAAAGCUGGAAAAUUUGAUCCAAAAAGACCUGAUUUAUUGUUAAAUGAUGCCUUUAGACAAGUUAUAUUUACAUCAGACCCUCGACCAAUUGGGAGUAGUACAGCUUGUGUCUUAAUUAUUCAUGAUAGUGUAUUAUAUUCAGCUAAUCUUGGAGAUUCGGGAUUCCUUGUUUGGAGAGAUAAUGAAGUUAUUUAUAAAAGUAAAGAACAGGUACAUUAUUUUAAUGCUCCAUACCAACUAUGUAGUCCACCUGAUAUGAACGGGAGAAGAGAUUUUAUUGGUGAUACUCCAGAACAUGCUCAAAUGAAAGCAAUAAAAGUUGAAAGUGGUGAUUAUAUUCUCUUGGCAUCAGAUGGAUUAUGGGAUAAUGUACCACAAGAAAUGAUAAAUAAACUUCUAGCAUCGAUAGAUAAAAAUGAUGAAGCAGCAUUACAAAAUAUAUGUAAUUCAUUGACAUUGUGUGCAAGGCAAUUGUCGUUAUCUAAAGAUUACAUGUCCCCAUUUAGUUUGAAAGCUGUCGAAGAAGGAUAUAAAACUAAAGGAGGAAAACCUGAUGAUAUUACAUGUAUACUUAUCAAAGUAUAG